AUGGGCGAACAAGACUCAGUCUCCGCCGUCACCGGCUUGCCCAAUAUCAAGCGUUACAUAACCGACGUCGACGGCGAGGGCAGAGCGAUCUUCUCCGAAGCCAUUGACGAAAACCUGGAGUUGAAAGAGCUCAACUUGAUCCCCUUUGGCAGCAAGGAAUCUGCCCGAGCUGCCGUGGCUUACGCCACGAACAGCUUCCCUACGACAUUGAACAAUCAGGCCGACAUCAAGGCCUAUUCCGAGUUCACGGCAAACCCACCGGGAGUCUAUGUUCCCAAUGGAUCGGUGCUCCGCUAUAUCGACUUUCCCCCUGCAUCCAAGUCGCCGAUGCAUGCGACGAAAAGCCUCGACUACGCGAUAGUCCUCGAAGGGAAGGUCAUCGCAAUCCUCGACGACGGCCAAGAACGGACCAUGUCCAGGGGUGAUGUGUUGGUGCAAAGAGGUACAAAUCAUGGCUGGGCCAAUGCUAGUAGCACCGAAUGGGCCCGUAUGGUUUACGUGCUCCUUGAUUCCCAUGAAGUCUAA